CAUUCUCGUUUCACAAGUGUGCUUAUAACGUCUUCCUCUUGUUUUCCUUAAGUAACCUGCGAGCCAAAAAAUGUCGCUCACAGAAUCGACGGCGAUCGACAUCGCGAAAGCUGCGUCCUCGGCGUCUCGCCACCUCGCGAUUCUUUCGGAAGCGGACCGCAACGAAGCCCUAACAGCGUUACACGCAGCGCUUUCAAGGAACAAGGAUGCCAUACUUGAAGCAAAUGCUAGGGAUAUCCAGGCGGCAACACAGGCUGUCAACGGCGGCAGUCUCAAUCAUAGUGUCUUGAAGAGGCUCGAUUUGUCCAGACCAGGAAAAUACGAUGAUAUGUUGCAGGGCAUUUUAAGUGUGAGGAGUUUGAGGGAUCCCAUUGGAAAUGUCACGUUGAGAACCCUCCUCGACGACGGCCUUACUCUUGAGAAGGUCGCAUGUCCCAUCGGGGUACUGUUGAUCAUUUUUGAGGCCCGGCCUGAGGUUAUUGCGAACAUUGCUGCGUUGUCUAUCAAGUCUGGCAAUGCUGCAAUACUGAAAGGAGGGAAAGAAUCCACGGAAUCUUUCGUAACGAUCGCGAACGUGAUCUCCGAAGCUAUUUCUCACACCAGGGUGCCGCAGUCGUCUAUUCAGCUUGUGAAGACCAGAGCGGCUGUCUCCGAUCUACUGGCACAGGACUCGCUUAUCGAUCUUGUCAUACCUCGAGGCUCCAAUGACCUCGUUAGAUUCGUUAAAGAGAACACGAAAAUACCAGUUCUUGGUCAUGCAGAUGGGCUCUGCUCUGCAUAUAUCCAUUCCGAUGCUGACCCGGAAAUUGCCCUCAAGGUUAUUGUGGAUUCCAAAACCGACUAUCCCGCCGCAUGCAACUCACUAGAAACUUUGCUUGUACAUCAAGAUGCUCUCAAGGAAGUUCUACCGCCUCUUGCCAAAGCACUUAUUGCGAAGGGUGUCACUCUCCGGUGCGACGAAUCCUCUAAGGCUGCGCUCAUUGAAAACUUGACUCUCAAGGAAGCGGGGAUGCUUCGGGAUGCCUGCGAGUCUGAUUUCAGGACUGAGUUUCUUGAUCUUACACUAGCCGUUAAAACAAUACCUUCCAAUUCGCCUCUCACUGACGUCGAAGCGGCAAUAGCCCAUAUCAAUUCGCAUUCUUCGAAACAUACGGAUAUAAUCAUUACGGAAUCAGAAAAUAUUGCUAAUAUUUUCAUGAAAGGCGUUGACAGUGCUGGGGUGUUCUGGAAUGCGUCCACUAGAUUCGCUGACGGGAUGAGAUACGGGUUUGGCACUGAAGUCGGAAUCAGUACCAAUAAGAUACACUCGAGAGGGCCAGUUGGUUUGGAUGGGUUGACUAUCUAUAAGUAUUUGAUUCGAGGCAGUGGUCACAGGGCUGGUGAUUAUUUUGACGGCGAAGGAGGCAGAAAGUAUAAGCAUCAGAACUUAGAGCUAUCAUAG